AACUAUGGGUCCCAUUACCCGCAACAACCAGCAAAAUCAACAGCAACCCCCUCCCCCACCUCCUCCUCCUCCUUCUCCUCCUCCUCAUCAGCACGCUCCGGGAAGAGAUCCCAUUACCCAAGCUGUGAUCGAUUUUCGUAACAUGUAUCCACCGGCGUUCACUGGGGUUGAGGGCCCCGAAGUUGUGGCUGAAUGGCUUCAGCAUCUAGAGAGUAUCUUCGAUCUGCUGUUCACCACUGAUGAGGUGAAAAUCUGCUGUGCCUCGUUCGUGAUGACCGGAGAUGCUAGGACUUGGUGGACCGAUUAUUGGAGGCUUCGUCCUCGUGCUGAGAGGGAUGCCUUGACGUGGGACCAGAUGGUUACUAUAGUCAUGGACUGUCCAGAUCGGUAUCGCGUUACUUGCGCACAACUUCAGUUGACUGGUGAUGCUCGACUCUGGUGGAAUGCCUACUGGAGUAUGCGUCCCGGCGAGAAAGAAGGUUGUACCUGGGACAGAUUCAAGGAGAUGAUUCGUGAGAAGUAUUAUCCCACGUACUACCGAGCAGAAAUGGAGCGUCAGUUUCUGUCGCUCAAACAGGGUACUCGUUCUGUUGAUGAGUACGAGAGAGAGUUUACCAGACUUGGAGCCUUUGUUCCAGACUUGGUGCGUACAGAGGCUCAGAGAGCACAUCGUUUCACUGACGGGCUUUACCCAACAGUCCGUCACAACAUUGUAGGUCAUGGGACCCAGACGUACGCUCGUACCGUUGCCAUUGCACAGGAGGUGGAUGCCAGCAUCCGAAGGGAGGCUAAUUGUGAUCGUCCUCAACCAGUUGCCCCAGCCCAAUCAUCUACCACUCCACCAGUACCACCAGCUGCUGCCCAACCACCGAAAGGCCAGAAGAGGAAAGAGAAAGGUGCCCAGACGGACAGGAGGACUCGACAGAGGCCACAGCAGAUUCCAUA